AUGGAGCAGGUGUUGGAUGAGUUCGGCCGGCGGUCCAGAGACUUCCAGGCCCUUGACGCUGGCCGCAGUAAGUUCACAGAGUUACGAGAAGUUGUGGCGAAGUUGAAGAAAGCCGAGGAGGAUUGCGAGGUCGAGGUGUUGAUGAAAUCUUAUUAUCAGCAACAAAUCCAGAACCUCGAGAAACAGGUCAAAGCAGCGGAAAAGCGUUCGUUCGUCGUUGUGGUUAUUGAUGCGGAUGGAGAUCCAUAUAUGUUUCAUCCCACACUGCUUGAACAGGGCGGAGAGUUUGCCGCAGAUGAAUUGCAAAAGAAAGUCCGCGAGUAUCUACGUACUUUUCCAGAAGACUCAGAUGAUUUUGUGAUUAUCGUCAAAGCGUUUGCUGGACUGGAUAAGUUGGUAUCCACACUCACAGCAAACGGAAGAAUUCGUUCAGAGUCGCAGCUCCGGCACUUUGUCGCGAAUUUUAACAAACGAUCGACAUUCUUUGAUUUCAUUGAUGUGGGAUAUGGCAAGGAGAGAGCAGACCAGAAAGUGAGAGUCGAGCGGGACAACAAGUUUUCCUUCUGUGUUCUGCGGUCUGAAAUCGAGCAAUGUACCAUCUCAACCUUCGAAGAAGUUCAAGAUUGA